AUGCCCUGCGCCAGCCCCUCCCUGCCGCUUGUCUCCGCCCGCUGUGGGGCGUGUUCGGAGCGGCCCAGCCCACCUCGCAGCCCGGAGCGCACAGGGUUAAGUCGAUCCUCGGUAAUGGGAUGUGUUUCUCGUCUCUUGAAGCGCAGCAGCAGGUCGCUCUCGCUCACAUUCUGCGCGCAACGAGAAGAGGUCGAGGCGUCGGCAUGGGCUGAGCUGCUCCCAGACGCGACAAUGACACACGGAGACUGCCUUUACGCGUGGAUUAUACUCUUUUUGCAGCCCACGGAGCUCUACACCGUGGAGUAA